AUGGGUGACUCUGGUGACCGCUUUCGUAGACGGCGCCCAGUCUUAGAGGAACUGAUGCGGGUUGGGGGUGCUCCUGGAUUGUCGGUAGCGGUCAUGACCCGAGGAGAACUCGUGUACCAGGACAAUUUCGGAUAUCGUGAUGUGGAAGCCGCCCUACCAGUUAACAACGAAACCAUUUUUGCUGGAGCUUCGCUCACGAAAGCCGUCACCGCAGCCGCUUUCUCACUUCUCGUCGACGAAGGCAGCGUAACCUGGGAUACGCCGGUCAAGGACCUUCUUCCCGAGUUCGACUCCAGAGAUGGUGUGAUCAAAAACUGUUUGACUGUGACUGACUUGCUCUCUCAUCGCCACGGCUUGGAAGGCAAUGAUGGAUAUGCAGUCAGCGCCGAGAACAACUGCCUAAUUGCGAAAGACGAUGUGAUGCGGUUUCUGAACACGCGCGAGAGGGUACGGCCAUUCCGCGGGCAGUUCGCAUACAACAAUGCCGGCUACGAACUGGUUGGCAAGGUUAUUGAGCGGCUCAGCGGGCUUUCUUUUAGGGACUUUAUAACCAAGCGGAUUUUCGAACCUCUUGACAUGAGCAGCACGUACCUUGUCACUCCACCUGCCUCCGUCAACAACGUUGCGAAAUCUUACAGCACCCUCGACGAUGGAACUCUGGCACACAUAACUGCUCCGAAGAUGGGUGACGAUUGGUGGGGUGGAGUCUCGGGCGGUAUGCGAUCUAAUAUCGUCGACAUGUUGAAAUUAUACCAGUUUUUCUUGCGGUCCUUCAACACACAAAAAGGAUCGAGCAAGGAGUUGUCUCUGUCGCAAGGCCCAUAUCUGAUGUCGUCCCGAAUUCCGCUGGAAUCGAUCUCAAGACACGAGGCGUCGUAUGCCAUGGGUUGGGGUAGAGUGCAGCUGCCUGGUCAAAUGGGGCAACUCGGCAUCAACUCUGUCCCUGGAGGAAUGCCAAUCAUUGGCAAAGGAGUUCCAUCCCAAUUAGUCAUGUUCCAUCAGGGCAGUCUAGCGGGUACGCUCGCCUUCGUUGCUCUGCUCCCGGACCUGGACUCUAUCAUACUUGUCCUCAGCAAUAGCCUGGCUCUCAACGAUGUUCCUGACUGGAUUUCAUCAGGCCUGCAAAAUCUGCUGUGGAGGCUAAUCUGGGGUGGCACUCCAGAGUCACGAAGCAGCUUGCAGAACAACAGACCAAGGGCACAAGGCCCCAAACCCCUGGAGGCAUACGUAGGAACCUAUUGGGGCGAGAAUCAUAUCCUCAAGAUUGUCGUGACACUCGAAGAUGGACACCUGUACCGGUCUCUGCAAGGUUUGGAGGCAGAGAAAGUUCGAUUACACCAUUACGAAAAUGACACAUUCACCUGGCUCACUUCGCGCAACGAACUGAAUAGUCGAGCUUUGUUCGUUGGCAAUUGCCCGGCGUACUGGAAGCUCGUUUUUGAGGCUGGGAAAAACGGCAAGAUUCAAAGUCUUUAA